AGAGAGAGAGAGAGAGACAGACAGAGAGGGGGCUGUGAUAAACUCUGCUGCGAGCCCUCUUGUAAGCAGAGUGAGAGAGUGCAGGAGCAACAGCAUAAGAUCUGGAGAGGGUGAAAAUACAACUGUGAGCAAGACCUACCACAAAGUCCACGCAGAUCUUGCACUUUAAGGUGAGCGCGCAUGUGGGGUUUUUUUUUUUGUCACCCUGCAGAACUGGGCUGAUGCAUUUGGGUGUGAUUGUCCCAUCAAGUGCUUCACUUCUUUGAAGUUCCUCAGAGGGGGACAGAUUUUUCACUGCAAGAUAAAAAAGGCAAUAGAAGGCCAAAGGCUACGAAAAACUGGAGCAUUUCCAACUUCCAAUUCCCUCAGGACCUUUUUUUCCCACCUAGGCUUCAAGAAGGAACCACAUGUGAAGACUGAUGGGGCAAGAGCUCAGCAUUGCUUACCAGAGAAUCGGCUCCGCUGCAUCACCGCAGAGACUCCACAUCCCAGUAGGAGUGAGACGGAGGUAAAGAACCAAAGAGAAAGUGAGAGGGAAUCUGAGUAAUCUCCAUCCACUCCCCCCUCCCUACCUUGGGACCUUCUUCAGUUGCCCUCUGGUACCCCCCACGGGGCAGGAAGCGUGAAAAAUCUCACUAAUGGGUUUAUUUGCUGUCAGCUCAGCGACGACCUGUCAUUUCCCAGGACUACUCCACACUUGACACAUUUCAUAGUCGAGUAAGCUUCGCUUUGUUUUUGCCAAAGGAGCUUGAGCCCCUGUCUCAUACUGCUGGCUGUUGAUGAGAAGAUCAAGACCAGGCUGAGGUAUCAGGUGGAGUGGACAAGUCUCUUAAUCGCUUUGCCUGCCUAUUACAGUAUUUUUCUUCCAGUGAGGUCAAGCGUGUGGGACGUCUUGCUGUUUUUUUUUUUGUUGUAUUUCUCAAAGUUGAGAAUUUCCCGCAAAGAGAGAGACUGUGAGAGAGUCUGCUUUCUGACCCAACCACGGUCUCCUGGCUGGUGUUCUGAAGAUGCGUUGCUGGCUGCUAGCUGUGGUGACGGCAGUGCUCUGGAGCCAGUGCAUCCUUCUAGGGUGGGCCGAGGGCAGGAAGGUGCGUAAGAAGCCGAAGGAGCUCGCUCCGCAGCACACCGAAGCAUUCAACACCACUCUUUCCAACAGCGAGGAGCUGGAUGGAAGCACGAAGGUCAGUGAGAACCAGAGAGUGGACCCUCUUGGAUCAUGGAUGGAUUUUGUGAAGAGGCCUGUGGGCAACUUUCCCGGAAAAUGUCGAAAACGAAAACGACCACUGCCUGGUCCCCCGGGCCCUCCUGGUCCUCCGGGGCCUCAGGGACCCCCAGGAUCCCCUGGGGCAGAGGUCACUCAAGAGGUCUUGCUGCAAGAGUUCAAAGAACUGAUCAAAGAGGCCACAGAGCGGCGAGCUGCAGUGGAUAGGCCCAAUGAACCCAGUCAGCUGCCUACGGCUCUGAUUACUCUUGAGGAAAUGACCUCCUACAGGAGAAUUGAAGAAGCCUUUCACUGCAAACUCAAAGGCCCUGUCGUCGUGGACAAAAAGACUCUGGCCGAGUUGCAGAACUUUCAGACACCUCCUGCCAAAGGUGCCUUCCUCAGAGGGACGGGGAUGGAUCAGUCCACUGGCCGAUUUACAGCUCCUGUAACUGGAAUUUAUCAGUUUUCUGCCAAUGUUCAUAUUGACCACACUGAGGUGAAGAGAAGUAAGAACCAGCUGAGAGCCAGAGACAAUGUCCGAGUUUUGAUCUGCAUUGAAUCCCUCUGCCACAGAUACACAUCCUUGGAAAUGAUUGUUGGCCUUGAGAGUAACAGCAAGAUCUUUACAGUAUCUGUCCAUGGACUGCUGGAACUUCAGGCCGGGCAGUACACCUCCAUAUUUGUGGACAAUGCAGCUGGAGCAUCGAUCACAAUACAGAACGGCUCCGAUUUCAUGGGCAUGUUGUUGGGGGUAUAGCCUUGUUUUACAGCCAGACUAUAUCUGGCAGGCCACAAAAGACUGCAUUGCUCCUCUUCGGACUAUCUCCCAGCACCAUAUAUCCUCAUGAGACAAUAUUUGACUGCCACAAAACAAAGCUCUUGAUUUGUUCAUGGAAGAGACAUGGACAUAUUAAUACCCACAAAGCAGAGACAGUUGGAUGCAAAACUGAAAGACUUUACCGAGGACAGUGGAUCCACAUCUGCCUUUCACAGUGAGGUUUUUACCUCUUCAGAAAGAUCAUUUCUCACUGUUUUUACUCUUAUUUUGUGAUAUAUAGAUGUAUACAAAGAGAUUUUUGUACUUUGACAUUGUGUUAUGCCCUUCUUAACUAAUAGUGUUUAUAUACAGAGUGUUUAUUUACACAACUUGUUUUCUACGAUGAGAGGUUUCCUACAAUACAAGAGCUAAUCUAAGGAUUUAUCUUAAGGAAUUUAUGAUCUUUUGGAGUUGUUACCCAAAAUACACACAUACAUACAUGCCUGUACUUUUUAAUAUAUAUAUAACAAGCCUGACAGUUUUUAUUUACUAUGCAGCUCCAAAAAGUAUGUUGUAGUGACUUGAUUAUUGAUAAAAGAACAGAUUUUCCAUUA